UUGGAGCGAACAUGGCUACAUUAUGCCAAGAUAUCCUCAGCCUCGUAGUCAAAGUAGAGAAAGAGAAGUAUAUACUUAAAAAGGAAUACAAAAUACAUUUUGAAAUGAAUCAUUUCUUUCUUGAAGUGUUUAAAAUAUUCAUGCUUUGUACAUCCUUCCCUUGUAAUUUAUAACUGGAGAAUACCACUUUAUGGAAGUAUUACUAAAGAGACUGAAAACUCCUUGGGUUGCACUGAAGAAAACAGGGCACAUCACUCUAUAUGUAACCAAUCGUUCACUAAGGAAGAAAUCAAUGAAAGCUUUCUUCUCUAGAUUUAAAAGAGAAAUAAGCAGUUUCCAAAUAGUUUCAUGGGAAAGACACCAGAAUCGUAAACUAUAUCUGGACUGAUCUCCAAUCAUUCGUGAUCUUGUCAAAAAUUUGAGCAGUAGUCCUAAGAAUAUCCUCCUCAACAACCUGGUCCUCUCCCCUCGCCAAUUCCUACACCUCCUAUGCACAAACCCUCUCUGAAAUACCAUCUCUUUCUCAUUCUGAAAGUUCCUACAGGGCACCGUAAAGACCACUCUUAAAGGAAAGUCUGCGCUAAAAGACCUUAAGAUAGUUAAUAGCUCUGUGUGUGAAGAUAGAGCGAUGUGCAGUAGGGAGUAUAUUGAGAAUGUGCUAGAGAAUGUAGGGAAAUGUCCUUGUAAAGGAGUUUUGGAGAUCAUUAGGAUGCAUAAUUUUGGGGUGGAUUGAGAGUUGAUGGGAGAGAUUAGAGAUAAGUUAGGAUUUGAAGGAAUACAAUUUGAAAUUAAUACUGAGCAAGAGUUUAUGAUUGUUGAUUAG